AAUGCGGACUAACAGCCCUGCAGGGAGUCUGGAUGCUCUGAACUGUCAGCUGGCCAGCCAUGGGUCAGGAUUAUUAUGCUGUCCUCAAGAUCUCUUGCAAUGCAAACGAUAUCCAGAUCAAGAGGGCGUACCGAAAACUCGCCCUGAAGACCCACCCACUGAAGAAACUGGAGCCAAUGGCAGCAGAGACGUUCAAGCAGAUCGCAGAGGCCUACGAUGUCCUGAGUGACCCUGUGAAGAGAGCCAUCUAUGACAAAUUCGGAGAAGAGGGCCUGAAAGGGGGCAUUCCUCUGGAAUUUGGAUCUGAGACCCCAUGGACGACGGGUUAUGUCUUCCACGGCAACCCUGAGAAGGUUUUCCAUGAGUUCUUCGGGGGCGACAACCCCUUCAGCGAAUUUUAUGAUGAAGAAGGGAAGGAGGUAGACCUAAAUUUUGGGGGACUCCGGGGUCGAGGGGUCAAGAAACAGGACCCCUCCAUUGAAAGAGACCUCUACCUAUCCCUGGAGGACUUAUUCUUUGGCUGCACCAAGAAAAUUAAGAUCUCCCGAAGGGUGCUGAAUGAGGAUGGGUACUCCUCCACCAUCAAGGACAAGAUCCUCACCAUCGACGUGAAGCCUGGCUGGAGGCAGGGCACCCGCAUCACCUUCGAGAAGGAAGGGGACCAGGGCCCCAACAUCAUCCCCGCUGACAUCAUCUUCAUCGUGAAGGAGAAGUUGCACCCGCGCUUCCGCAGGGAGAACGACAACCUCUUCUUCGUGUACCCCAUCCCCUUGGGCAAGGCCCUGACCUGCUGCACCGUGGAGGUGAAGACCUUGGAUGACCGUCUGCUCAACAUCCCCAUCAACGACAUCGUCCAUCCCAAGUACUUCAAGAGGGUACCGGAUGAAGGCAUGCCGUUGCCCGAGGACCCCACCAAGAAGGGGGACCUCUUCAUCUUCUUCGACAUCCAGUUUCCCACCCGCCUCACUCCGCAGAAGAAGCAGCUGCUGCGUCAGGCUCUGCUGACCUAG